AUGCGUGCCUGUACACUUGGACAAAUGACCAAAAUGGAGGAUGAACAAGAGGUCGAACAGGAGCAGGAGGGGCAGCGGCAUUCGCGAUGUAGUUCGUUACUGGAAGAGCAUUCUGCGACGGAAUUAGAGCAGCAAUUCCGCGAGGCAAAGACGACCAUCGCUGUGCUUACCGAACAAUUAAAGACUGCCUGGGAGACCCAACAGAAACUGGAGACGGAGCUGGCAGAGGUUCGAGCCAGCACGCCACAACUCAUGAUGGAGCUCGCGGUCACCCAAGAGCGACUCAAAGUUGCGGAGGAAAACCAAGCUCGUCUCGAGAAGCAAUUGGCCGAUUCUCAAGGCAAAGUAAUUAUCGAUAUACCGCGACUUGAGACGGAACUCGCCGUGGCGAAGGAGCAACUUAAAGCGUUUGAUGACAAGUUUAAGGCGAUGAAACUGGAACAUUUGCUUCAACUGGAGAAUAUAACGCUGCAACUCAAGUCUAUGGAGGAGAAACACGAGCUCCAGCAACGCGCCGAGAAUCUAUUGACCAAGUCAAAAGAUCGAGAGCCUGAAGACUUGCCAACACCGGAGAAAUUAUACCUGGCACCUAUGAUGAUCUUGCCGGACAUGUGCAAUGACUUGACUUGUGUAACUUUCGUUACUGGGUCCUCUCGAGAAGCUGUUGACGAAAAAAUCCAGAGGUUACGAGGUCAGAUUCUACCAGGUGCGAAGGCGAUUCUCGUCGAGUCUGAAGAAGAAGCGGACAACAUCAAGCAGUCGAUCGUGGAUAGAGGGCGCGAACUCACACAGCGCAAGCGAAACAAGAAUCCGAAAUUAGCGGUUGAGGUCGAAUUUCACAAUGAGCCCAACAAACUUUGCACUCGUCAUGCUGAUGAUCAAGCCACUACGCGUGAGGAAUUUCUACGGCUUUUUACACUUCCGUUCGCUCCUCUUGGUGAACUAGUCGAACAUAUCAUACCAGAGAUCGCAACACCGGAGAAGACUGUCGAUAAAGAACUCUCGUCUGUGGUGACUACAGCUCGUUUGAAGAAGAUUGUCGAGAAGGCGACACCUCCAGCGAGUCCAACGUCAGGGGAGGAGAUGGCUGAAGAGCCUCGGCCUUCUCGAAUUCCGUCAGUGCGUAGCUGGCGUCAGCUUGUACGAGGACCAAAUCUUCGGCUUUCGCAGCGUUUUGGGUACAGUUCUGAUCCAGCUACGUUGCUAGCAUUUCUUGCAAGUUUGUCUGAGGGUGAACAACCAGUGUUGUUGGAUGAUGAUUCCGACGAAGAAAGUGGCCAGACUCUGCCAUUGAGUACACAAGAAGGGAUGGUUCAGCGGUUUAAGAUGAUGCGUGCCAGGUUUGUUCGACCUGGAGGCAUUGUGGGUGAACAAAUGUUCGCUGGACACCUCUGCACCAGUAGUAUGACACUUGAUGGUGCUAAGCCAACGUCCGAAUUGAGAUCGCUGCAGGAACUGAAGCCGAUGAUUGGCAAAGAGUUAGAGCUCGGGACGACACACAGAGGCCGAUACCUUUGCGGUUGGGUGGCUGUUGAUGACGCAUUCUUCGGUAUUGCCUCGUCGUCGCUGAUUCUUGAGGAUGUUACGGGCUAUUUGGUGGAGAUUGCAGCCUACGGAUUGGUGAAUACCGAGCUUCCGCCACAUGAACGGCAACGUGUAGUGGCAGGCAAGUUCCCUAAAGGACGACCGAUUGUUGUUCUGGAGCCGUACUAUAAGGUGCGAAUGGAUGGAUCAGAAGGAGUUCGAAUCGACCAAGCAGAAGAAAUUAUCCCAUGGCGAGAUGUGCCAACCGACUUGAUGAGCUGGAAAACCCUUGGAAACGAGUUCUUUAGUAUGAUGAAUUCCCAAUACGAAGGAGCACUAGCGUGCUAUCGACGUACCCUGAAAGCUGUACAGUCUGAAGUUCGUAUGCUGGCAGUGCUACUCACAAAUAUUGCAGCCUGUCGCGUCAAAACGGAAGACUAUGUAGUCUCCAUCCAGCUUUCCGGUGCAGCUGUGCACCUCAAUCCUACCUAUUUCAAAGGUUGGUAUCGCCUCGCGUCGGCAAUGGCUAAAGUCGAAGGUGACGAGUAUAGUGACUUGCUACCAGAACGAGUAGUUGCUCAAGCACGUAAAGCGUUACCCAACCUGUCACUUCAAGAAGAGAAAUUGCUGCAAAAUACGCUAGACGACUCGACAUCCCAUCACACCAAGCACUCCCAGUUUUGCUCAUACGCGGAAUGGUGCUUGAAAGUAGCAGACGCUGGAUUAUUGCUCACCGGUGGGGAAAAAUCUGGUGAAGCAAAGACUGCGGAUGAGUGGCGAAAAGAGGGAUCAGAUUAUUUCGCCAAGGGUGACUUCGAAUCCGCUGAGAAAAGCUAUCGGAACGGGGUGGCGGCCAUGACGUCAUGCUGUCAGAAUGUAUCGGUAGUGCUGAACAACGUUGCUGCUGUUCACCUGGCGCUGCAUCGAGAUUCAUCUGCCGAAGCGGACGAGAUUCCCAGUAUCGAGGCUGCAGUUUUGAAUUGUACAGUUGCCGGAAUAGUCGAUCCUCUGAACCACAAGGCGUGGCUUCGUCGAGCCCGUUGCUUGGAAACCAUGGGAUUUAGUCAGGAAAUAUGCGUCCAAGACUUGUAUGGAAUCCGCGCCAACGUCGUUUUGAACGCCGUGGAACCAAUGAAGAGCUCCGACCAGUUAAAGGUGUUCAGACGCAGUCUGGAUGCUGGUAUUCAGAAACUAAUCAGAUCAAAGUCUACCGAGAAGGAGUCUAAAUCAUCGAGAGAGGUUCAAACAGAACAGCAUGAAGAGGAUCUACCUUGUGACGUCCCAGCAGUCGAAGACUACGAAUCAAUUGAUCAAUACAUCGCUUGCUUGGAAGGGUUUGUGGGGAGAACGCGCUUGGCACAUGCCAUAUCCAAGUCGCAGUCGAACCCUCGACUCCAGCUACUACCUCUUGAGAUGCAAAUGUUCUUUGCACAUCCGCCACCAGGAAUCCAUACCGAGUACCCAAAGCUUCGCGGAUGGCCAGAAGGGAUUAACACAACGCUUGCCCAGAAGCUUCUCUAUCGCGCGUUCUUGGAUGCCAGUGUGAACCCUUGGAUCGAUGCACUACGCAUGCGUGAUGGGUCUUUCUUUCGUAGUCUAAGCUGCGAUGACAAGAUCAAGCGAUGGCAUGAAGCUGGAGCGAUGGAGCAGCUUCACGCAAAGAAUCAUGGGGAUAUUAUUGACGCUCGUGAAGCACUGAGUGACUAUGUACCGAGUUAUCACGCGAAGACCCGAUCCAAUUUUUCAAACAAUGUCAGUCGCGCAGAUAUCUAUUACUUCGACUCAACUCACGUAGCAAUUGGCUUCAAUGAUUUUAGUAGUCUCCUUGCCGCCACGCUAUGUAAGAACUCAAGCCGCGACGAACCUUUGAGAUAUGUGGGGUUCGAGAUGAGCGAAUUUGCUGUCGCCAAGUGUAAAGUAGUUGCGUAUAUGCUUGGAUGUCCAAGCGUCUCGAUCUCAAGCAUCAUGGAAGUUUGGCUCUCGUCAACGUGGAGUGCGACCGCGUUGAAAGAUUUUCGGGACAGUUUGAACGUGGUAUUGGCGUCGCUACAAGAGCAGGAGGAGAACCCGAAGGUGUUGUCGUAUUUGAAGCACUGGGCGUCUGUCGAGGCGAUUUCUGCUACUGAAGCACGUUCACAGUUCUUUUCGAACUUGCACAAGCACAGCAGUAGAAUUCUACCUGCGCUCUGCUGUUUCCGCCGUCAGAUCGACCGACUGGACUUGACUCAGUACAUGCUGAGUGGAGAGAUCCGAGUAUCUUCGGAUGUUGCGAAUCUGGUUGAGAAGGAGCAACCUGGUGCAACUAAAACGACAACUGGGUCGACUAAACAGUCGAAGAAGAAGCGCAAUAGAAAGAAGAAAAGUACUAAAGGAACAACUGCGAAACCCACUAGUUCUGCACCACUGGUUGGAAAUUUGACGAUGUGGAAUGUGCCUGUUGGUUCGCCUCCUCUUGAUGAUGAGAUAGCGCUCAACACAGUGGAUUUUACGAACUUGGUUGAGGACUAUGUUGCGCGAGAAAAGAAGCAGAAGAACUCUACAAAAGGAUUGUCAGUGGUGGAUUUGUUCAUCAUCCAUAUUCUCAAGAAUCUCCAUCGUCUUCGCGGUCUGAUCUUGGCCAAUCAACUGGCUAUUGAAGUGAACUACGGCGUCGUCAAAGCAGUUCGAGGAGAUGCUGUGAACGAUCCCGUGAAUCAGGAACUGCUGGUGCGAAUUGCCGAAAUGCGCCCAGAGACUAUCUCGUGGUCAAAUCUACCGGACUAUUUCUUACUCGAAGAUUUUCAUGAUCUCGCUCGCCGCUGUUCAAUAUAUGGAGACUGCAUGCACUACGGAUACAGCACGAACUGGCCGGCUCAAGUGUAUGGAGCGUCAAUUAUUGACUAUGACCCGAAACGUGGACGAGUGAUGAUCGAUGCGGUGUUGAACUCAGCUCUCGGAUUCUCGAGUGAGCAUCGGCCAGUGCCUCCGCUUCCUUCCAUGGUUGAUAUACUCACGAAGGAAAAUCUGGACAAGUUGUUGUUUUUGCCGUUCCGCGAGCCUCCACUCGAUGCCACGGCGUAUGUUCUCGCACAAAUGUACAAUGAUGAUUGGAUCGAGCACUUCGUGAAAAAGGGGGAAAGUAUGACUUGGGCCUCACGAUUUAACUGCGGCUUUCAGAUGGGGACCAACAAUCUGGCGGUCAAGAGUCCUCUCUAUCGCUCACCAUGUACUCUCUACAUGGGCUGGUGCUACGACCCACACGUGCGUUUGAUCGAGAAAGAUCCGUUCGAAUCCAACGCUAUCCGUCAUUUGGAAAUGCUGGCUAGGUCGAUGGUGAUGAACGUUGGUGGGUAAAAGCCACUAGCUGACAGCAACUGGUGUUAUGUUAUAGUGACAGGAUGCAGCGGUAACUCAUAUUCAUUUGUCUUUCAAUGU